AUGGAGGGGUUGACACCAGACUUGAAUGUAUACAGUAUUCAGUUAAAGAAUGUUACUGAAGUCACUGUGUUUAUAUUGAUGGGAUUCACAGAUGAUUUUAAGUUGCAAGUCUUCCUGUUUUUACUAUUCCUUGCAAUCUAUCUUUUUACUCUAGUAGGAAAUUUAGGACUCGUUGUAUUAGUCAUUGGUGAUUCCAGGCUCCACAACCCGAUGUACUAUUUUCUGAGUGUUUUGUCAGUCUUGGAUGCCUGCCAUUCUACUGUUGUCACCCCCAAAAUGUUAAUCAAUUUCAUGGCUAAGAAUAAAUCCAUUUCAUUUCUUCAAUGUGUGACAACAAUGUUUCUCUUUGUUACUUUAGGAACCACAGAAUGCUUUCUCUUGGCUGCAAUGGCUUAUGAUCGCUAUGUGGCCAUCUACAACCCACUUCUGUAUUCAGUGAGCAUGUCACCCAGAGUCUAUGUGCCACUCAUCAUUGCUUCCUAUGUUGGUGGCAUUUUAAAUGCUACUAUACACACAGUGGCCACAUUCAGCCUGUCCUUCUGUGGAUCCAAUGAAGUUAGACAUUUCUUUUGUGAUAUCCCUCCUCUCCUCGAUAUUUCUUGCUCUUCCACUCACACAAACCAGCUUCUACUCUUUUACUUUGUUGGCUCCAUUGAGAUAGUCACUAUCUUGAUUGUCCUGGUCUCCUAUGGUUUCAUUCUGGUGGCCAUUCUGAAGAUGCACUCUGCUGAAGGGAGGCAAAAAAUCUUCUCUACAUUCGGUUCUCACCUAACUGGAGUGACAAUUUAUCAUGGGACAGUCCUCUUCAUGUAUGUGAGACCAAGUUCCAGCUAUGCUUUGGAGCAUGACAUGAGAGUUUCGAUUUUUUACACCAUUGUGGUUCCCAUGCUGAAUCCCAUCAUCUACAGUUUGAGGAACAAAGAUGUAAAAGAGGCAAUGAAAAGAUGGUUUGUGUGA